AUGGAAAGAUUAGUUAAAAGACCGAAGACAAUACGUUUCACCGUAUUUAAAGGAAUCUGUCCAGAAUAUCCAAACGCACCUAUUACUCUUACCAAUAUUCAAUUUAAUAGCAUAAAUCGAACAUUUCUCAUCUCGAUGAAAAUAAAUAUUAAGAGGAAUGUACACGAACUCAAUUUGAAGCUACAUUUACAACUAAAAAGGUGUAGGAGUAACGAUGCUUUAGAUACAUGCGAAAAUUAUACCACAAUUAAAAUUAAAAACUUUUGUUCAGUGCUUGUUGACAAAGGAAAGCCAUGGACUCCAUUCCGAAAAUUUAUGUAUCCAAUAGCACCCGAAUGUCCCGCCAAAAAAGGGGAAUAUGAAGUGAGAAAUGGAACUUUCGAUGGGUCAGCUUUUAAUUAUUUCCCUAUUUCAAAUUUUUAUUGGAAGGUGAAAGCGCUCAUAUUAAAUGAGCAAGAAGAAGUCAUUCUAUGUACUAAGGUUGAAGGGCAAAUUGCACCGAUCUAACAUUUUUAAAAAUGAACUUAAAUAUUUUUAUUGUUAUAU